ACGAGCCCAGUCAGUUAGUGAGCGGCGGACCGUUGGACGUGUAGCUACCGUUCGUCUUCGUGCGUUUACGAAUUAAUUAUGCGUAAUUAACGGCUUCGCUCGGUGUUUUGGACGAGCGAGGUUUAAAUUAACUAAAUCCCGGAGUAAAGCCGGUUGUCGCUGCGGUUUGGAGACAUGGAGGCUGUGAGUAAGUGGACCCCGCAACAAGUGGUGGACUGGAUGAGAGGUCUGGAUGACAGCCUGCAGCAGUACAUCCCGUCCUUCCAGCGGCAGCAGGUGGACGGGGAGAAGCUUCUCCGGAUGUCCCACCAGGAGCUGGUGUCUCUGGGCGUGUCGCGGGUCGGACAUCAGGAGCUGGUGCUGGAGGCUGUGGAUCUGCUCUGCGCUCUGAAUUACGGUGUGGAGUCGGAUAACCUGAAGACCCUGGUGGGGAAGAUGAGAGCAGCGUACCACAACCUGAGCAGUGCUGUAUCGCAGCGCAGGAAGAACCCUGCCUACCAAAACAAGAACUCCCAUCAGCCCUCCAACGAAUUCCUCACCGCCGUGGUCGAGCUGAUCGGAGCUGCCAAGAGUCUGCUGGCCUGGCUGGACAGGACUCCUCUGACGAGCCCCAACGACUUCACUUCCACCAAAAGCAGAAUCAUCCAGCUCUGUCUGGAGCUCACCUCCACCGUCCAGAAGGAUUGUACUGUUUAUGAGAUGGAGGAGAAGAUUCUGGAAGUGUCACGAGCUCUGAAUGGCAUCUGUGAGAAGACGGUCCAGGCGACCUCUGACCCCUCCAAGAGUGAGAUGUCCUGUCUGGAGGAGGUUCACAUCACCAACAUCAAGCCUGGGGAAGGACUGGGGAUUUACAUCAAGUCCACCUACGACGGGCUUCACGUCAUCACAGGGACGACAGAGAACUCUCCUGCAGAUAAAACCCAGAGAAUUCACGCUGGAGACGAAGUCAUUCAGGUCAACAAACAGACAGUGGUGGGCUGGCAGCUGAAGCACCUGGUGGAGAAGUUGCGGGCAGAGACUGGAAGCGUCGCCCUGGUGGUGAAGAAGAGGCCGUCUGGAGUCUCCGGUGGUUUUGCACCUGCUCCUCUGAAAAACCUGCGCUGGAGACCGCCGCUCGUACAGACCUCUCAGGGAGCUCCAGGUCUCUACAGAUCUCGACAACCAGAAACCUCAGACGCUCCUGGGAAGAGAGGGAGAACAACCAUCUUGGAUUUGUACAUCCCUCCUCCCCCUUCUGCACCGUACGUACCGCUAGACGGGAACAUGAACGUGUCUCAGAGCGUGAAGCUCAGGCCGAAGUCUCCGAACUCGUGUCUGGACUCGGAUGUGCGGCGACGCUACACUGUUGCAGACGACAACAGGACGUCCGUCGUCAGCCCCGCGCCUGAACCCACCCAGCCAAUCUCUGUCCGCCUUCGGCAGCGCUCAUCCACGCGCUGUAAACCUCGACCUGUCUCCAUGCCGGUGGAGGCGUUUUCGGGCGUGUCGGACACGCACUCCAGGCCCGGAGCCAAGGGAAGGAAAGGGCAGAACAUCCUUCACCGAUAUCUCAGUAACGAGGGGAUCAGCACCAUCACAGAGGAGGAGCCGUGUUUCCCUCUGCCGUACCGAGGACACCCGUCUAUUCGUGGCGUCGACCACAUCAGAGGCAGCCAGUGCUUCAUCAAUGCCGACCUGCACAACAGCGCCACCAUCCCUUACCAGGAAGCAGCAUCUAAAAAGCCUGCCUCCUCCACCCCCGCUGCUGCUUCGUCUCCUCAGGCCGUGACAAAGCAGUCGACGUCGCUGCUCGGCGGCUGGCUGGCUCGUCUCAGGCUGCUCAGCCACUGUUUAAUGACAACUGAGCAAACACCAUCUCCUGAUGAAGACUGUGACAUGGUGGAAAGCUCGGGAGCAAGGUUGACUGCAGCCAUGAGUCGGCGACGUGUCUCGGUCAAAGAUCUAGGCGUGGUGGACUGUGAGGGCUGGCUUCACCGCAGGAAGGAGGGUCGCAGCUUCCUCAUUAGCAAAUGGAAGAAGUACUGGUUUGUCCUGAAGAAGAGCUCUUUGUACUGGUACACUGACAAGAUGGCUGUGAAAGCAGAGGGAUUCAUCAACUUGUCUGGAUUCACCAUCGAACAGGCCAAACAGUGCAGAAAGAAACAUGCCAUUACAGCCACUCACCCACUGGUUGUGACCAUUUUUAUUGCUGCAGAGAGCUUCAUAGAGAUGAAUAAGUGGAUCAGUAAACUGUCCGAAGCUGCCAAGUUGUGUGAAGUGAUCAACACUGAAGAGUGCUACAGCGAGGGCAGUGAUCAGGAAGGUGACGAUUGUGUGUCUCCUUGUUCUCAGGACUCUGAACAGGAAACGACAGAGUCUGAAAAUACGAUCCCUCUCUCUACAGUUCCCACUGAGAGCACGAGGAGAAGCACCUUGGAGGGUGGGACUUUGAGUAGAAACAGAAGAAGAAGAGUGGUCUCAGACGGCAGCGAGCGCCUGUUCUGGCUGGACCUCCCCAGACCGGACAGAACCAGCGGAGCAGCCUCCCUCCCUCAGAUCCACGUCGGGGAGAAAGAAAAAGAAGCCGUCAAUGAGUCGCCUCUUGAUGAGAUGGAAAGUCUGUACAACCACCUGAAGGCAGCCAGCCUGUCUCCGAUCGGUCAGUCCUGUCAGAAGGACUUCAGAGCGUCGUUCAUCAGACGCUGCAAGAACGACAGAGUCAACGAGAAGCUGCACCUGCUCAGGAUCCUCAGCAGCACGUUAAAGGCGAAGGAGUCAGAGCUGAGGACGGUGGAUCAGAUCCUGACCGACCCGACGCUCACGGCGCCGGCGUACAGGGAGUGGAGACUCUCUAACCUCAUCCUGCUGCAGGACAUCGGCCAACAAGACCAGGCAGCAGGGGGCGCCACAGAGCUGGGCCCUCCUGAGGAGCUGACAGGUUCAUGAACAGACUCAGAACAUUUCACCAGUUUUACACUGAAACUGGAUAAAAAUGGACAAAUUAUUCUGGAGGAAUCUGGAGCUGAGAGCAGUUACCUGCCAACAGAAACACAGGGUUCAGCCCAGUUUUAACCUGCAUGUCUACACAUCCUUUAAGCUGCAAAUGAUCAAAUCCAUGUUUACUGUGUGUGAAACAUCCACACUACAACUUCAGAUUCAGACACUGUGGAGAAAGACGCAGCUUUAAAGCAAAGACGAAAUGUUUGAUGUUACCUGAGAGAACCUUUAAUGAGGUUUCUUUAUGUUAGUGUCAUAUGAACGGUCUUAUUCUCCCCCUGGCGGUGGGAGAGUGGAGGGAGAAAAACAAUGAGCUGAUCUGCAACCUGACGUUUGUUUAAUCAGAUUAAUAUAUUAUAUUUUUGUAUAGGAUGUUUUCUGCAGUAAAUGCUUAUGUAGCUUAAAUGACAUGUA